UCCAUGACGUAGCAUGGAGGGUUGUCAAAGAAUGUGGGGGUCUCCCAAUUGCUCUAGUAGUAGUUGCAAGAGCACUGGGGACAAGGACCUGGAAGAAUGGAAAGAGGCUGCUCGACAACUUGAAAUGUCGAAUCCUACAAAAGAUGAUCAUGAUCACACGGUUUUCAGAUGUAUAAAGCUUAGCUAUGAUUACUUGAAACAUGAAGACGCCAAGCGGUGCUUUUUGAAUUGUUGCCUGUUCCCGGAGGACACCAAUAUCAACAUCGAAGACUUGGUGAAGUAUGGGAUCGGGCAAGGGUUGUUUCAAAAUGCUAAUACAGUGGAAGAAGCAAGGGCUGCAGCAAGUUCGCUCCUCAAACAUCUUAAAGCUUGCAGUUUGCUGUUAAACGGCGAUCAAGAGGGGUGCGUGAAAAUGCAUGAUGUUGUCCGGGACACUGCCAUAUCAAUUGCUUCAGCUGGAGAUGAACUUGCCUUUCUUGUGCACUCUGGUGCUGCCUUAAAGAAGUGGCCAAGGAGGGAUAGCUAUGAGGCCUACACAGCCAUCUCACUCAUGUCCAAUGAAAUCCAGGAGCUCCCUGAUGGCCUAGUAUGCCCGAAACUCCAGACACUGUUAUUGCAGAAUAACAUUGACAUUCGAGAGAUUCCUGAUGCCUUUUUUGAAAGGAUGGAAUCUCUAAGGGUCUUGGAUGUGAACGGUGCGGAUAUCUCAUCACUUCCCUCGUCACUUGGGCUUCUGCUGAACCUUAGGACGCUUUGUUUAGAUGGAUGCGAGUCAACAGACCUAUCGAUACUUGGAGAGUUGAGAAAACUUGAGAUUCUCAGCCUCAGAGAAUCCUGCAUUGAGGAGUUGCCGGAAGAAAUCGGAAAAUUAGUCAGCCUAAGGAUGUUGGAUCUCACCAUGAGUGGAGACCUCAAAACAAUUCGAAGUAACUUGUUAUCAAGCUUGUCCCAGUUAGAAGAAAUCUACCUGCAGGGUAGUUUUGGAGACUGGGGGAAGCCGAUUGAAGGGAAGGACCAAGAAACAAAUGCGGGGUUCGAUGAGUUGACACGCUUACCUUGCUUGAACACUUUGAAGGUGGACAUACCUGAUGCUGGAUGCAUUCCACAAACUGUUGUAUCCAAUCCAAACUGGGUAAAAUUCAACAUAUGCAUGAGCGAGGACUUAUUCGUCCGGCUCAUGGAUGUGCAUUUGUCAAAAAUCAUGGCUGCUCGUUCAAGAGCCUUGAUUCUCAACACAACCAUCAAUACCUUGCCAGAUUGGUUUAACAGCGUGGUGACCGAGAAAACGGAGAAACUGUUCUACAUGAUUGACAGUGAUUUACAUGACAUUAUUUCAGAGUAUGAUCAAGGCAGGCUAAAUGGCCUCAAGUCCCUCCUUGUUGAGAGUUGCUAUGGGAUAGUGCAGCUCAUGAAUACGGACAUACGUGUUUCAAAUAGACCGGUUUUUGAUAACCUAGAAGAGCUGCGUGUCCACAAUAUGGAUUCCUUGAAAGUGAUAUGCAUUGGUGAACUACCACCCGGUUCAUUGCGGAAACUUAAGUUUUUUCAGGUGGAACAGUGUGAUAAGUUGGUUGGUCCGCUGCUGCAGCCUAAUUUGUUGCAAAGACUAGAGAAUCUGGAAGUUCUUGAUGUGAGUGGGAACAGUUUGGAAGAUAUCUUUAGGUCUGAAGGGCUCGGGAAAGAACAAAUCUUGUUGAGAAAAUUGAAGGAAAUGAAGUUAGAUAAGCUGCCUCAUCUGAAGAACAUAUGGAAUGGUCCUGCUCAACUUGCAGUCUUCAACAAGCUCAAGAUUUUAACAGUGAUUGCGUGCAAGAAAUUAAGAAAUCUCUUUGUCAUCACAGUGUCUCGAUGUCUUCUGCAACUUGAAGAGUUAUGGAUUGAGGAUUGCGGUGGUUUAGAGGUAAUAAUUGGAGAAGAUGAGGGAGAAGCAUCCAGCAGUAACAUGUCCCAUAACUCAAGAGUGAAGGAGAUUGUUGAAAAACAGAAGGAAGAAGCAAUGGAGAAGAACAUCUUACCGCAAUUGAAGAAUUUAUCUCUGCAAAAUCUUCCACUGCUCACAGGCUUCUACCCCGGAUUUGCAAGUAUUCAAUGCCCAUCCUUGGAACAACUGCACGUGCAGGAUUGCCCGCUUUUUAGAGCUUCCACAGCUGAAUUUCACAGCAGAAAGCAAGUCCAAGUAAAUAACGAGCAGCAUUUUCUUCUCCUCCAAAAAAGGCUUUGGGAGAUCAGACAAUUUUCGUAAAAGAAGAAUGAUAUAAUACGGAAGAAAGAUGGACAAUACAAACUGAAGGGCAGGGCAAAGCCAUGGGGUUAGCCACCAAGCACGAGCCAAUUCAAACCAGUGGACUAGCAUUAUAACUACCUGCAGGGAGAGUGGAUCGUUACCUUCAGUUAGAUGGAAACUAUAAUUAAUAUCUAAGCUCUCUAAUGUUGCUUUUUAUUCCUAUCCCUCAACCUACUACUUUCUGUACUGUCGGAGAAAAUCUACCAGUGUAGCCAGCAAUUGCCUUUGGUGCAGGUUCUCCUCAAUGCUAUUUUAUAUUCGGGUGUUGUUAGAAGCCAUUUUAUCAUCCUUUGAGUUUGGCAACCAUUUAACCAUGCCUUUUUUCGUCUAUGGCGCCCUCAGACAUAUUUCAUGAACACUAUAAAUUGCCUUCUUAAUAUUGAUAAUAUUUCUGUA